CGAUGGGUUGAGAUUUUUCUCAUUUCCAACGUGGAAGCAAAGGCAGGGACCUCGGAUGUGUGAGCUAACAAAGAGACGUCGAAAAGUGCCUGGAUAGCAGCCGUGAGACGAAAAAACAUCACUUUCAACGCCAUCACCGGACACAUGUUGGUGUGUUCACGCCAUUUUCAGACUGGGAGACCUGCUUAUGGAAUGAAUGAAACCCAUCCAGACUGGACACCCUCAUUACAUCUCGGACACACAGAGGUGAAAACUGCGGAUAACGACAGAUUUCAACGGAUAAAAAGGAGAUGGGAGAGUGUUAUGGCAGUUAGUGCAACUGCUGCACCUCGCACACCAGAUGUGGAUGAAGAUGCUGCAACAGCAGUACUCCCUCAGGGGUCAGAGCACCAUGGAGCAAGACAUGAGGCUACUUCACAUGAAGACCCUACACAGGUGCCAGAUGUGGAUCAAGCCCCUCAACAGAACUGCAUUGUGGAGAAUGAGCAGUGUGUCAGUCGUAAACGUAUGGAUGGUGAAAGGAAGUCCAUGUGUGCUGUGAUGAACCAGGCUUAAAAUAGAUUUUGUUUGAAACAAAUUUGUCCAGGAGAAACCAACAAAAGUUAGCCAAAAGCAAGCAAACAAGCAGCACCACCAUGUGGGACAUAGUGGGUCAAGGCGUGUUGUUUCCAUACCUCUGCAAUGACGACGGUGUUCUCUUUGAUCCGGACUAUUCAGAUGUCUUGCACCCACCCAAAGUUGGUUUUUCCGUGAACCCUGAGUGACUUGGCUUUCCUAAAUUCUUUGCCAGUAUAGUAACUUACUCCACUGACGAGAUAGAAGACAACCUCAGCCUCAGACAAUGGUGGCAAGUCAUUCAGAUCGGAUGUCCAGUCAGUGUGCUCAUAUGGAUCAGUUUCACCGAUUUAACUUAUUUUUUUCGAGGUUUCGACACUUUGGAACAGGGUCCAGCUUGUCUCGGUAUGGCUGGCAGCGCUGAGGGAGCAAGAUAAGCAGGACUCUGGGGAGCAGCAUUUGAUCUGUGAAGACCACUUCCUGCCAGAGGACAUCUCCAGCAGUGGGAUCAAAAACGAUGCCAUUCCCAUCAUGCCGCACUGCCUAGGUGGACCCAUGGGCAUGAUCAGCCCCUGGGGAGCCGAGCUGUCCGAUGAAGAGGAUCAGUGGGCUGCUGCUGGUGAAGAUGAGGACGAAGCUGUUGAGGAUGAAGGAGAACACGAUUUUGAUACAAAGUCUUCUGCACCAGGACCUCUUACAUCGGCGCCACCAAAGCCGGAUCCAGGUGUUCACAAGACUUCAGGAGCUAAGACAAGCAGUGAUGACCUGCAUCAGAGGACAGAGAUUCAGAACAGGACAUUGACCAGACAGGAUGUGUCCCUGGGAAUGUUGACGGAGCGUUUCCUGGAUCUGCUGCUGAUGGCUCCGGACGGCUCUCUGGACCUGCGGCAGGUGACCAGCAGCCUACAGACCCGCAGACGGAGAGUCUACGACAUCACCAACGUCCUCGAUGGCAUCAAACUCAUUGAGAAGCAGUCGGCCAACAAGAUCAAGUGGAUAGGAAGCACGCCGAUCUCCAGCUUUUUGUGGAGAAACCAACAGAAUUUUAAGAGAGAGAUGGAGAACCUGAAGCUGGUGGAGGACACAUUGGACACCCUCAUCAAAAGCUGUGCCCAGCAGCUCUUUGACAUGACCGACGACCUGCAAAACUCUGCGUCAGCCUACGUGACUCACGACGACAUCAGGCGUCUCAAAGCCUUCCAGGAUCAGACCGUGAUCGUCGUCAAAGCUCCAGAGGAAACCAAACUAGAGGUUCCUGCUCCUAAAGAGGACAGCAUCCAGGUCCAUCUGAAGGGGGGGAAGGGUCCCAUCAUGGUGCUGACAUGUGAUAUCGAGACAGAAGAGGCUGCGGCCAGAGAGAAGAGCGGCUGCUUCGUGACACUAAAGGAAAGCCGGAUAAGGACGUCCACGCUACACACAGAGUCCUCAAGUCCACAGAGUGCCAUGCAGAACUCAUAACUGCCAGCUGACCACCAGGAGACACCAGCUGUCUUCAGAGUUUUACAGACAGAAAAACCAAACACACAAAGCCUACGGAGAUCGCCGGAUGUUGCACAAAAUUUCUGAGGAAACACAGCAAAAACGGGAAGAUUGCAGAGAUGUACUGGCUGUCACAUGAAGGUAGACUCAGCUGAUGUCCGUUUCAGAAGCUAAAACACACCAAAACCGUGACAAGGCAGCAGUGUUUAUAGAUUUUUCAUUUGCACCAUUUUUUUUUUGCUUUGAGGAAACAAACAAAGGCGUGGGUGACGUCAGUUUGUUCUGGAUACUUGCAGCUUUAUUUUUGUAUGAGAGACGACCAGGGGCAGUAAACUGCUGUGCCUCUGUACUGCAGAGAGUUUUUAGAGACCUUGUAUUAUAUAUUAUGGUCUGACUUCCUGACUAAGUUUUGCUGUAUAAUAUUUUACUUCUAUUUGUAUUUUGUCUGUGUAAGACUCUUCUUUGUCUUCUGAAUAUUAAUGUUUUCAUCGUGGUUUGAACAGUUUCAUAAACACACCUUCAAGAUGCUAUAAUCAAUAAAAAAGUUACUCAUAUGAAA